AUGGCCGACUCCGCCACUCCCGCAGUCGACGUCUCGAUUCUCACCGUGGACGAGAUGGCAGCAUCAUUGCGCUCGGCCCACCUUGUCAUUCCGCGCAGCGUCGCGCGGACGAAGGCGUCAAUGUGCAUGUAUGCCCGUGAUCAUGGGUCCCACUAUUACGAUUGCUUGGUUCAGGCUGCCUCCGACAAAGCGUCCCUCAAGCGCAAAAUGUCGUCUACAGUCCUCCCCGAGCGCUCCGUCCGUCGCAAACUGCAUCGUCUUCCCAAGCCCUGUAUAUCUCACCAGAAAGAUCCCAACAAGUAUCUCGCGUUACCGGACGAAAGUCAGACAAAGGACAUAUAUCAGCGUUUCUACGAUGCAACCUCCAACGCUGCGGUCCUCAUGAUGAUUUGCGGUGUAUGUGCACGCGAAGUCGGGCCUGAACAUGACCGUACACCACGGCGACUCUCUACCCUUCCCAACGUCCAACGCCUUGUUCCCCACCAACCGCAUCCCUCGCAUACUCUUUUUGAAGGCAAGCUGCUUGAGCCUCAGGGCGUAUUCAACGACAAUGGGGUCAUCCGAGUUCGCGUUUGCGAGCAAUGUUCAGCUGCACUACUCAAACCCGAAAACAAACCUCCCAAAUUUUCCCUCGCAAAUAACAUGUGGAUCGGUCCCGUUCCUUGGCAGCUUCAUGUCCUAACCUUUCCUGAACAACUUCUCAUCGCGUUGCUGUACCCGCGCGUGUUUGUUUUCAAGUUGCAUCCUCGCGUAGGGGGCCGCGAUCCAUCGAAGCUCCAGCGGGGCAUGCGAGGGACUGUCAGCACCUACGAACUGGACUCAGACGGGAUUGCUUCCAUGUUAGCCGGCGGGCUGAUGCCACGCCCCCCCGCCGUUUUGGCGUCUGUCAUAUCGCUCACGUACAUCGGUGUCGGCACGUUGCCCAAGCACUGGCUUCAAUCGACCUUUCGCGUCCGGCGGAAGAAUGUAUUCGAUGCCCUGUCUUGGUUGAAACAGAACAACCCUAAAUACUACGGCAGUAUCAGCAUCGACGCCAGCCGUAUCGCAGCUCUGCCCGAGGACGAUGUGCCGCCCGAAAUCCUCAGCAUUGUCAGGCAAACUGAAGAUGUCGACGCCGUAAACCGCGAAUCAGAUUCGUAUGUUCGGGACCAUCACAGCGAUGAGCAGGCCAACGGCUUAGGCAAUACAGACGAACUUGACCCUCUGGAACAGCAACACGAUGUUGCCGAUGGUUCACCCGAUGUUAUCCCGCUUGACAUCACCGGUACAAUCGACACAGAAAUGUCGACGUUGAGCACAAACGAGCUGAUGCAAUGGGGUCUAGCAAAUCUCUGGCAACGUGGAGAAGAAGGUGCCUAUGCAGUCCGGCAUGGCACUAAACCAGUCAGCGAUUUCGGACGCCCUCCCUUCAACGCCACAGAAGCGCUCGACCCGGAUCGGCCUAACUUUUUCGAACGUGCUUAUCCCUGCCUCUACCCCUUCGGUGUUGGUGGGCUCGAAGCAGAUCGGCCAGUGGACGUAAAAUUUGGAGAACAUGUCAGAUGGUCGCUUGAAUACCAUGACCGCCGUUUCAGACUGAACGAGACGUUUCCCUUCGUCGUGUUUGGCAUUUCGCAGAGGCGCCAAGCCCUCAUGUCAGCACGCAUUCAAAUGCGGCGCAAAGAUUUUGAAAGGGACGCUCGCAUUAUCUCCUCCAUCACCCAAGCAUCCCUCGAAAAAGCGACGUCCGAAGAAGCUCGCAAGGAAGCCAUUUCCGACCCUGCUGUUCGCCUGCUCCGACAACACGUACAUUCCGCAAUCAGUCGCAUACAAGGUUCGAAUCAGUCGCGCACGCUGUUGCGCAGUCAGCUUUGGUCAACAACUGUGUUCAUGGGCCCGUGGAACCUCUGGAUCACAAUUAACCCAUCGGAUAUCCACGACCCCAUUGCUCAGGUAUUCGCUGGCGCGGACGUUGACCUCGACAACUUUGUUGCGCACGCAGGGCCAGAUAGUGACCAGCGUGGGCGUAACAUCGCCGCCGACCCAUACGCAGCUGCAAAGUUUUUCCACUUUAUGAUACGGACAAUCUUGGAAGUCUUGUUCGGGGUGGAGUCUUCGGCGUUUCAAGUCACCAGUCAAAUGGGUAUCCUCGGCGAACUUGCAGUCUAUUUCGGCCUGGUGGAAAGUCAAAACCGAGCUGCACUUCACUUCCAUUUACUUGCUGCACUCAAACAUGCACCCAACGCUGACGAGAUGGCCGAAUUCCUCAAGUCAGAAUUGUUCCGAUCACGCAUUACUGCUUACAUCCAAGCCAACAUGCGGGCAUACCUCCCCGGUUUUGAGUCGGACGAAUCUGUCAAGGCAUUCCCUGUAGAAAAAGAGAUAGCAUACAACCGCCCUCCCAAGCCCGACGACCCCGACUACAACGCCCGACUUGCCAACUUCGAACGCCGGGUCGUACGCACUGAGCAGGUUCACACUUGUGACAUCCGUCGCUGCCUAGUUGUCACCAAAUCUGGGCGGUUGCAGUGUAAGCGGCGAGCACCCUUUCAAUGUGCCACCGAGGAUUUCGUUCUCGAGAACGGUGAAUGUGGCCCCAAACGACACUUUGGAUUCAUGAACAGUUGGAUCCCUGGCGUCUCCAUAAAUGUCCGAUGCAAUAACGACAUCAAAUUCCUCUCUCACGGGAGCGAGACGCAAAAGAUCACCAUGUACGUUGUUGGGUACGCUGCUAAGCCGCAGAUGCGACACCACAAUAUCUCGGCCAUCCUAGCGAACGGCUAUGCAUACCAUGUUGCUCACCCAAACACAAUGGCUGGCGAACUUGUGGAGAGUUUGCGUGACAAGCAGAGGCUCCUGCUGUUCCGCCUUGUUCACGCAAUCAACCGGGAGCAAGAGUUAGGGGCCCCCAUGGUCAUAUCGUACUUGAUGGGAUGGGGUGACAACUAUCGUUCGCACAAUUAUGUGCCCAUAUAUUGGAGUUCUUUCCUGGCCACCUUGUUCGACCGCUUCCCCGAUUUGAAAUGCAUCCAAACGCGUUCCGCCUCCAACGUCCCAGCCCAGGCUGACAGCGACACAAACCCGUCUAUGUCAGACGACACCGACAGUGAGGGCGUCGACAAUCAAAAUGUCACGAUCAGUCUCAAUUCUGCGGGACAUGUGUUUGUCAAAUCUCAAGUUACAGACUAUACGUUGCGCGGUGAUGCUUUGUCAACGUACAACAUGUUGGAUUUUUUCGUGGACACUUAUGAGGGUGACAUGUCUCAGCGGGAGCGCGAAAGCGUCGACCUAGGAGACACGUCACCUGCAGACGCUCGGCCAAAGCGCGGGCGCCCCAGAAACAUGCGUGUGUGUUACCAACGCGGUCAUCCGAGCCAUUCACAGAAGCACCGCAUCAUCCGUUUGAAUACCCACAACACGCUUCCCAAUUUCAUUGGCCCUUGGUUCCCCCGACGCGACGACGAUGAAAAAGCUGACUUCUAUCAUGCGUGUAUGCUGAUGCUCUUGAAACCUUGGAGGAUACUACAAGAGGACCUCAAGACGGGCGGGCAGACAUGGGCAACAGCAUUCGAAGAUUUUUACAAAUCAAGUUCGCCUCGCAUCAAAGACAUACUUGCAAAUAUUCAAUACUAUCACCAGUGCCAGUCGGCGGCACUCGCAGCAAAAGACAACAACGAAAUGGCAGAUUCGUUUGGUGGGGACACUCUUCCAAAUGGGGACGAAACACUCUUUCUCGGUGAAGACUGCGAAGUGCCAGAGCGAGACGCAUACAUCACGGAAGAGAGCGUGCAAGCGCUGAUAAACGGCCAGAUGUCUGCACGUGAAAACUCACAUGGGCAAAUGGCACUCGAAAUUGCCAGACUGACGAAAAUCUUCCCAACUGGAGAAGCGCUGGAUUGGAGUGUCGAGCCCAGUAUAUCGGAGCAUGUCGCGCAUGCUGUUGGCGAUGAUCUCGUGAAACUCAUCGAAUGGCGUAAAGAAAUGGAUCGAAUUUUGCACGUCCAGAACGGAGGAUUCCCGGCGAUGCCUGAUGAAGAACAAGCAGCUUCACGAGAUGGAUCCAUGCUGGAAGCCCACCAGGUGUUCAUCGAGCCUUCGGUCGAACGCAUCACAUUGUCGUCCGCGAUGGUGGCCAAUCAAUGUGCAUCAAGUUCUGAACAGUUUGACGAAUCCAUUGUCCAAACGCUGGAAGCAGACUUCGUGUUACAACCUGACCAACAACGCGCAUACGACAUCGUCGUGUGGCAUUUGCGAAGGACGCUUGCAGGCGAUGAGGUGCCUCCACUACGCAUGCUCAUACACGGCGAAGGGGGGACAGGGAAGUCCAAAGUAAUCUCGAAAAUAACGCGCACGUUCGACAGCGUUGGUGCCCAAGGACGGCUGAUCAAAGCAGCCUACACGGGCAUUGCAGCAUCGUUAAUCGACGGGAAGACUACUCAUAUCAUCGGUGCAAUCUCUGCAGGCGGCAAAAUGAGUGACGCCAGCAGGGCGCGGUUACAAGACUUUUGGAGGGGUUACUCGUACCUCAUCAUUGACGAAAUCUCCAUGAUCAGCAAGGAUUUCCUUUCGCAGUUGUCCCGGAAUAUCGGCAUCGCCAAAGCUUCGAGCACUGACAAAUCUUUCGGAGGCAUCAGUGUCAUAUUUUGUGGCGAUUUCCACCAGUUCCCUCCGGUGGCAGCGUCUCCGACCCAAGCCUUGUAUUAUCCGGCGACGCAUCGCGAUGGACUGGCCGCAAAACUGGGCAGGGCAAUAUAUGAGGAGUUCAGCACGGUGGUGAUUUUGAAACAACAAAUGAGAGUCACGGAUCACAUCUGGCUCGAUUUCCUUCGACACCUUCGCAUGGGGCGCGUUCAAGAUCACCACCUAGCCAUGUUGCGUACGUUGGUGAUUCGACCCGGCCAGGCACCUGAAAUUGAACGUUGGAAAGAGACGACGCUGGUGACCCCUAGGCAUGGUGUGCGCCUCCCAUGGAACGGAGAGGCCCUCCGGAAAGUUUGCCGAGAGCAGAAGCGCCAGAUAUUCAUCUGCCCGGCAGAAGAUAGGUACCGUGGACAGCCGUUGACGUUGGCUGAACGCUAUGCUUUAGCUGAACACUUGUCCACAAAGAAACGUGUACAAAAGUCGAUGGAGAGAGACCUACCUUACACUUUGGAACUUGCUGUUGGCAUGCAGGUCCUGGUGACGAGCAAUAUCGAGACGGACCUCGAUCUCACAAAUGGCGCCCGGGGAGUCGUACAGUCCAUAAUCCUCGAUCCCGAAGAAGGCUCGAUACCCAACGAUUCGGUCGUCCGGCUGAGAAAGCUUCCCAUGUUCAUCUUGGUCAAAUUCGAACGCACGCGAGCUUCGACAUUGAAAGGACUUGAGGCCGGUGUACUUCCGAUAGAACCAGGCAAGACAACGUACCGUGUCAAGACGGAGUUGCCGGCUGGCGCAGCUGUGACAAAAACGAUCCAACGACGGCAAUUUCCAUUGACCGGAGCAUACGCGUUCACGGAUUAUCGAUCCCAAGGGCAGACAUUGAAAAAAGUUCUCGUCGACAUUGCAACGCCGCCCAGUGGAGGGCUGAACCUAUUCAAUGUGUAUGUGGCAUUGUCGCGCAGCUCCGGCCGAGAAACGAUCAGGCUCUUGAGGGAUUUCGACGACUCAACGUUCAAGAAAUCGCAUGACCCGAGCUUGCUGGCUGAAGACGACCGUCUGGAAAAGGAGAACAGCGUCACAAAAGAAUGGUGGGAUAGGAUCAGCGCGGCAGAGAAAGAACUAUCUGGCGGCGAACACAGAACGAAUUCGUAG